GAAAUUAGGCUGGUUCGGUAAGCUGGGAUACACACAUUUCAUUCGUUGAAAAGGGGUCCGACCUGCAGCAGUGGGCAGCACAAAGCGUGCGGAAAACGUACAUCGCACUUGUGAAAUAUUUUGUGAUUCAGUGUUUCGCCUUUCCUCACAAUCAAAAUGCCAAAGUAUUAUUGUGACUACUGUGACACCUACCUCACGCAUGACUCGCCGUCAGUGAGGAAAACACACUGCAAUGGCAGAAAGCACAAAGAGAACGUGCGGAUCUACUACCAGAAAUGGAUGGAGGAGCAAGCGCAGAGUUUGAUCGACAGAACAACGGCCGCAUUCCAGUCUGGUAAGAUCCACCACAACCCCUUCAAUGAGGGGGGCGGGCCUGGCGGGAUGCCCCCACCCCCGGGGGGUGCCGCCGUCCCCCCUCCCUCCAACUACGGUGGACCAAGAGGGCCCAUGCCACCCAGGGGUCCCCCCAUGGGCCCGCCGAUGAUGGGCGGACCACCAGGCCAACGCCCGCUUAUGCAAAACCCACCAGGCCUGAUGAGUAUGGGUCCCAGACCGCCAAUGAUGCCACCCAUCGGACCGAUGCCCCCAGGUGAAAUGCCGCCCCCUGGUGGACUACUCCCCAGACCUGGUCUGCCCAUAUCAAACGGACCAUCCUAAUAUAUUUCUGUAAUCGAUGCUUUUUAGCCAUAGAGCUAUAUUAAACAGGCAUGUAACUUUUCCUCGGAUCAGCUGAUUUCCUCUUUUUUUACUUCCCAUGUGUGUCAUUGAAAAUAGAAAAACACUGUACAAAGUCUGGGAAAAAUUUG